AAAGGAUAAAUCCCGGGUACGCUGAAGCCAGACCACAGGGGCUGUGGACUGGAUGAGCGAGUGAAAGUGAAAAGCGCUUUAUCUACAGAGAAAAAAACACUACAACAUCGGACAGGCGCGAAUCUCCUAUACUUCGGACAUUCCCGAUAAAGCAAACUAUACAACUGGAAUUCCGUUUGCAUGUACACAGUGUUGGAUUCAUACUGUACAUGUAUAUAUCUAUCUACAGAGAGAGCGGUUUUCAUUCACAUUAAGAUCAUACUCUUGCACCGUGGCACAGACCGAUGCCUCUAACGAACAUGUCAAACAAUUUCUUACUUGCGCCCAUUCCAGAAUCGCCGGACUAUAUUAUCAACCGGGAUAUCAAAAUCGCAGUGCUGGGCUCUGGGGGAGUAGGAAAAACAGCUAUGAUUGUGCGAUUCCUUACCAAGAGGUUUAUCGGGGAUUACGAGUCUAACACAGGUAACCUGUAUUCAAGACUCGUUCAGCUUGAAGGAGAUCAGCUUUCAAUUCAAAUACAAGACACGCCUUGCAUCCAAGUUAACGGGGAAGGGGUUCGACUCCCAGACCUCGCCUCCCGGUGUAUCCACUGGGCAGACGGGUUCAUCCUGGUCUAUUCUAUCACAGAGUACUGCAGCCACAAAGCCAUCCAUUCGCUGCACCAGCACAUUCGCAAAGCGCACCCGGAUACCAAGCCGCCAGUGUUCAUCGUCGGCAACAAGAGCGACCUUCUCCACGCCAGGCAGGUCCAGACGAGCGAAGGGAUCCAGCUGGCCAACGAGCUGGGCGCAGUGUUCCUGGAAAUCUCCACCAGCGAGAACUAUGAGGACGUCAGCGAUGUGUUUCAGCAUCUCUGCAAAGAGGUCAGCAAGCUACACUCGCAAUACAUCAACGGCGAGAAGCGAAGAGCCUCCCUCAUCCCCCGGCCAAAAUCACCCAACAUGCAAGACCUCAAACGGCGCUUUAAACAGGCGCUCUCCUCCAAAGCGAAAUAAAUAAUAAUAAUAAAAAAAAAAAACAAACAGCAAAAACAAAACUCGGCUACUUCUACUUCGUGAGAGCAACAUGUUUAAUUCUGAUUUAUUAUUAUUAUUAUUAUUAUUAUUAUUAUUAUUAUUAUUAUUAUUAUUAUAACAUCUGUAAGAAAUUAGCAAACAUUUAAUAAUAAUAACGCGAAGGCAUUGUGUAUUGAGAGGUGACGGUAGUGGGGUGUGGCUACAUUGCAAUGCGUGCGUAUUGAGCGCUUCUUGUUUUAUUUGAAUAAUUGCACUGGCCUCUCGCAUAUUGAUGAGGUUGCCGUAGUUCUGAGCGGCUCUGGAUCGCGAUGAUGGCAAACACCAUACAGAACUUAGGAGAACAAACACACUGCCUGGUCUAGUGAGUACUAUAGAACAACCUAUAGAGUCUGCUAAAACACCAGAGCAACGCAGUACUAUACAACACACCAGUCAACAACAGCUUUACCCAUUCUAACUAUAUUUAUAUACUGCAGUAAAAUAAUCAUAAUCAUAAUAAUAAUGUAAGUAGGUUGAAGCUACCCUCUCUUUAAUGUUUCCAUUAGAUUUAUCGGAGCUAUUGGCGAGGACUAGUUAAUUCAUUUGUUUUCAUUAGUAAGGACAAUUCAACACAGUAAGCAGGAAAAACCUGAAUACUGGAAACAGACAACGUUUUUGUUAAUUACUGUAGA